AUGAGGAACGGGCCGGAGUCGAGCCGGAAGCGGACCUUCCUCUUGAGGCGGACCAAAUCGGAGCGCCGUUCGGAACACGAAGGAUCGUCUGCCCAGCCGCCGACGGCGACUCAUCCGCACAGCGAGCGGAUCAAGUACAAAGCGGAAAUUCCCAUUUCCGUCAUCCGCGCCGCUCAAGCCAAAACCCGAAGGUACAAUUUGGAGAGGAAGAUCUUCCAGCAGCAGCUGGACUUGAAGCAAAUGCAAAUCCGCAUCGGGCAGGCCAACGAGCAGGUGUUUGCCAAGCGGCUCAUCGACGGAUUCCGCAAAGACGCCGUCACCGUCGGACUCCGCCCCUACGACGGAUCCUAUUCCUUCCAGCAACUCGAAGUAUACCUCUACAAUCAGCUGAGGCUGGUGCAAGGUGGGCGGACUUUGCUGCCGCUGGUCGAUUCGGCGACGGACCGCGAAGACGCCGCCACUGCCACCAACGGACUGACGUACGGUGACGUCAUCGAGACCGAGUCCACCAAUGGGACGAGCAGGACGACUACGACGACGACGAUGCCGGUGGACAAGUGCACCCACACGACCCAGCGUUGCCCGCACGCCAUGUACGCUUAUACGACGUUGCCGCCAGCCUGCUACACGGGCGUCUCCUGCGCUGCCUUUAUUCCCUACCACAAACACCACCGGCCCGUCACUCAACAACAUCAACAGCAACAACAACCAACGAAUCACCCGGGGACGGCCAAGUCGACGACGGAAAACGGGCGAAUCAUUCUGCCGAAAUUGAAUUUGAACAACAACAUCAACGGCCAUCAGAAGAGCAACACAUCACCCGCUAACAAAGGCAGUCAUUGAAAGUUAUUGGCUAAUCAAGAAAAAUAUCGAAGUCUCGUUCAUUCAUUUAUUCAAUUCGAAAUCAAAUUAAAUUAAAGAAAAAAAAUUAAAAGAAAUUAACAAAAUAUUGAUGAUGUUACGAAACGAUGUUGUUAUUUCGAUGGCCCGUGUAAUUAAGUCAGCACGACGACACGGGAGGCGCACCUCGUUUAUGUUUGUUUGUUUUUCUAUUCAC